UCUGUGUUCACUGUUCACUGGCUCUGACCGGGAAAGGCCAUUCAUUCAAUUUAUUUCAAUACUUAAUACUUUAAUACCUAAAGUAUCGUUUCUCUGUUAGAGAUAUAACACAAUGAACAAAGAAGUUGCUGUGUCCUUCCAGCUGGAAGAAGUUUAUUCAGAAGUACCCAUCCAGCCAUUUUGUAUCUUACCACAAAUGGAAACAGAAUUUCAAUACAGGGUCCGCCCUAACUUGCAAUAUCUACCCUCACUCAAAUGCUUGGUGUAUCUUAACGACCCUCAACAUGUUACAUUUAUCAAUUAUUCCAAUUUGAAUGAACAUUCCCUGCGAAUUAAUAUGAUCAAUGAUGAUUUAACUCCUUCAACUUUCUCACUGCAUCCUGAGAAGAAUCUACUAGCACUUGGUAUCCUUUCUCAAUACUAUGAAUACGAGCACAGAAUCCCUGCUCACAUACAGUUUCUCAAGAUGCCAGAAAAUCCUUUCCAGGCAACAGUUAUCACCUCUUCACAGUUUGUGAAUCCACAUUUGUAUGAGUGCAGAAUUCAUAAGAUGAAAAUUUUCCCUGAUGGUUCUAAACUCUUUGUUACAUAUUCAAGAGAACAAGAAGGUUCUUGGUGCAAGAUAUUUACAUUUCCAGAAUCAUGCAAUGAUGAAGGUAAUAAUCAAUCAACGAGAUGGUCAAAAGAAAGAUGGAGCAUGCCUGAUAACGUCCAGACAGUACCUUGUGAAGAAAUUGAUAUUUUUAAGCAAGGAUUUCCAACUAUUGAUGAAAAUGUGAAGAAAAUGGAAGAUGAGGAUUUAACAGAGGAUGAAUAUUUCAAGAUAUACAAUGCAAGAUAUUUUUCUAGCAAUCUUGAUGGUGGGUUUUUUUGCCUGGCGAUUUCACCAGACACUACACGGAUACUGGCUGGUACAAAUGAUGGCGAAAUCUAUGUAAUUGACAGCACUACAUUAAAAGUACUGCACUGUAAACGUGAAUAUGGGUAUUGUAAGACCGUGACAGGUUGUCAUUAUAAUCCUCUAUUUGGAAAUGAAGAGUUUGCAGUUUGUAAUGAGAUGGGUGUAUUUGAUAUCUGGAAUAUUACCACAUUGGAUGAUGCAAAUGAAGAUGCAAAUAAAGUGCAUCAUUUGCAGUUCCCACCUGGUACAAGCAAUUGUGUUUACUCUCCAGAUGGGCGGUUCAUUGCAUUGACCUCGGGCAAAGAUUUUAAGACGUACAUUAUUUCAUCCACCUCUGGAAAUACUUUGUUAACUCUACAGUAUCCAGGGGAGGAAAGUCAAAACGACCACCAUAAUACCUAUUUUUUGGCUUCAAGCUUGUUUUAUGGAAAUUUAUGCAAAGUGGCUGCUAUUCAUGAUGAUCAUAAGAUUUGUCUGUGGAAAUUACCAGUAAUAUAUAGUUUAAAGACAUUAUGUUUGAUAUUUUUAAAUGCAAAUAUAAGGUAUAAUGACAUCAAACAUUUGCUUUUACCAGAAUUGUUGAAAAAGAGUCUGAAAUACUUGUAUGUGUAACAAAAAACGUUUGACAUUUUGGACAAUUCUUUGUGAAAGAUGAUAUUUAAUAUUUUUGUAGUUGUAAUUAGAUCUGGGAAAAAGAUCGAUGUCAGGACUUGAUGAAUUAUCACACUGUCAAAAGUUUCUCGAUUUUCGCCUUUUUUCCCAGUCUCGAAAAGGUCUGUAAGGUUGUAUUUAAGUUGUAACUAGAAAAUAUUUUUCAUGGUAAAGACUGAAGUGAUGAAAUAGCUCUCUAUGAAAAUGCUUAUUGGCAUUUCGAAUCAUCUUAAAUAUUGUCUAACUCUAAUCCAUUACGAAAACAGUUAGAAGAAUCUUAGUUAAAAGUUUCGAAACCAUUAAGAAAACAGUUAGAAGAAUCUUAGUUAAAAGUUUCAACAAAGCUUGGCUCAA